AAAAAGCAGGGAAGCGAAGAGAGCGGGACGUCAAAAAUCCCAGGCAAGGCGCAGCAAAGCUUGGAAGAGGCACACGGGCCGUCUCGGGAGGAAGCACCGGGAAUUGGGGGGGGUUCAGUUCAGCUGGUGGGUUGGCCUGUUUUUUUAGCUCUGUCCCCCAUGUGGCUGCUCCAGAGCUCAGGCUGCGGGUCCAGGUCGUCCUGCUAAGACCAAGAAUGCCUUAGAGCCUUUGGGAAAGGCAAAUCCUUGGGGACUGUCCCAGCUCCCUGCCUGGGCUCUCCCUGGGCCGUGUCAGCCCGGGCUGCUGGCACAGAACCCCCCCGGCCUCGGGGCUUCUCCUCCGGAUUGAAAACCCUCCUGAUGCUGCCACCGGGUUCGCUGGGCGAGGGGAGAAGGUCCAGGCUCUGAGAGAAGUUUGAAGCUAAGGAAUGUCUGAAGCCACUGAUCUGAAUCCAUCUGAGUAUUCGAUACACAUCUUGGAAGUAUUAAAAAUACCCAGAUUCUAGAAGAAAACCUUUUUUUUAAAUUCAAGAAGUUCAGAAUUCACCUAGCAAUUGCUAAUGCCAAGAUGAUGUCCUUCAGCCUUUUGUCAUAGGACUUCAUUCACUUAAAAGAAAAGCUAAAGACCGCAUCAAUGGAGCACAUUCAGGGAGCUUGGAAGACCAUCAGUAAUGGUUUUGGACUCAAGGAUUCUGUCUUUGAUGGCCCAAACUGUAUUUCACCUACAAUUGUCCAGCAGUUUGGUUAUCAACGCCGGGCAUCUGAUGAUGGCAAAAUAUCAGAUACUUCCAAAACUAGCAAUACUAUUCGUGUCUUCUUGCCCAACAAGCAGCGCACGGUGGUGAAUGUGCGGAAUGGGAUGACCUUGCACGACUGCCUCAUGAAGGCACUUAAAGUCAGAGGGCUGCAGCCAGAGUGCUGUGCUGUGUUUCGACUUCUUACUGAGCCCAAAGGAAAAAAACUGCGUUUGGAUUGGAAUACAGAUGCUGCCUCCUUGAUUGGAGAGGAGCUGCAAGUGGACUUCCUGGAUCAUGUUCCACUCACUACACACAAUUUUGCUCGGAAGACAUUUCUAAAGCUUGCUUUCUGUGACAUCUGCCAGAAGUUCCUGCUGAAUGGGUUUCGGUGUCAGACGUGUGGUUAUAAGUUCCACGAACACUGCAGCACUAAAGUCCCAACCAUGUGUGUCGACUGGAGCAAUAUCAGGCAGCUCUUAUUGUUCCCAAAUCCAAAUAUCAGUGACAGUGGUGUCCCUGCACUACCUCCCUUGACAAUGAGACGGAUGCGGGAGUCUGUCUCCCGGAUACCUGUUAGUUCCCAGCACAGGUAUUCUACACCUCAUGCCUUCACGUUCAACACAUCAAAUCCUUCCUCUGAGGGCUCUCUUUCCCAAAGACAACGAUCUACAUCCACACCAAAUGUCCAUAUGGUCAGCACCACGAUGCCUGUGGACAGCAGGAUCAUUGAGAAUAACAGCCUGAAUGCUUCUCCCAGUUCCUGGUGCAGACGAUUUUGUUUGAGGGGAAGAGAUGCAAUUCGAAGCCAUGGUGAAUCAGCCUCACCCUCUGCUCUGUCUGGAAGUCCUAACAAUAUGAGCCCAACUGGCUGGUCUCAGCCCAAAACCCCAGUCCCAGCCCAAAGAGAGAGAGCCCCUGGAUCUAAUACACAAGAAAAAAACAAAAUUAGGCCUCGUGGACAGAGAGAUUCCAGUUAUUACUGGGAAAUAGAAGCAAGUGAAGUCAUGCUUUCUACCAGAAUAGGGUCAGGUUCUUUUGGAACAGUUUACAAAGGCAAAUGGCAUGGGGAUGUAGCAGUGAAGAUAUUAAAAGUUGUAGAUCCAACCCCAGAACAGUUCCAGGCUUUCAGAAAUGAAGUGGCUGUAUUAAGGAAGACUCGGCAUGUUAAUAUUUUGCUCUUCAUGGGCUACAUGACUAAAGAUAAUCUGGCCAUUGUUACCCAGUGGUGUGAAGGCAGCAGUCUGUAUAAACACCUGCACGUGCAAGAGACCAAGUUCCAGAUGUUCCAGCUCAUUGAUAUUGCUCGGCAGACAGCACAGGGAAUGGACUAUUUACAUGCAAAGAACAUCAUCCACAGAGACAUGAAAUCCAAUAAUAUAUUUCUUCAUGAAGGCCUCACAGUGAAAAUAGGAGACUUUGGUCUGGCAACUGUGAAGUCCAGGUGGAGUGGAUCUCAACAGGUGGAACAGCCCACUGGGUCAAUCUUGUGGAUGGCACCAGAAGUGAUCAGGAUGCAGGACAGUAACCCCUUCAGUUUUCAGUCAGAUGUCUACUCCUAUGGAAUAGUGCUGUACGAGCUGAUGACAGGAGAGCUGCCCUACUCCCACAUCAACAACAGAGAUCAGAUAAUUUUCAUGGUUGGCCGUGGCUACGCUUCUCCAGACCUCAGCAAACUGUACAAGAACUGCCCCAAAGCAAUGAAGAGGCUUGUAGCAGAUUGUUUGAAGAAAGUCAGGGAAGAACGACCUCUGUUUCCACAAAUCCUGUCAUCCAUUGAAUUGCUGCAACAUUCUUUACCCAAGAUCAACCGAAGCGCUUCUGAACCGUCCCUGCACCGCGCCGCCCACACAGAGGACAUCAACUCCUGCACCUUAACAUCCACGAGACUGCCCAUCUUCUAGGGUCCUGCUCCCCUGCCCUUCUUCUCUCCAGGGAUGGGACAGGAACAGAAGUAACAGCAGUUGUGCUUUUAAUGCCUCAGUGUCCAGGAUCAGUGCCAGCAGGAUUCCCUGCGCCCCAGUUUGAAGAACAAGCUGCUAAGGAUUCCUGCAGUUCUCACCCUGCAGGGACACAGCUCCACAAGGCCUUUUUCUACAGUUUCUUUUACUGGGAUAGUUAACAGACUCCAGAUCAAGAGAUCUAUUACUAUUUUUUUAAUAGAUGCACUUGAGCCUUACUUUUCCCAUCCACAGAAGCGAUGGAUGUUUCUUUGGCAGUGUUUCUGGAUGGAUUGGAAUCUGAUGAUGAAUUGGGUGGUUUUUUUACAGCCAGGAUGGCUUCUUGAGGGAAGAAGAUGAUGCAUUUAUGGUGCUCCUUGAUUGCCCCCUGCCAUCUGCCACUUCCAGGUGGGGAGCUGUGCCUGCAAUGGCUUUUCUGCAAACCAGACUGAGGGAAGAGGAAAAAAACAAAACCCAACAACUUCCUGGAAAUCAGCUCCUGCCCAAGAGCUUUUUCAUCAAGCCAAUGAAAUAAGUUAAAAUGCUAAUUCAACACAAAAUAGUUUUUGCAAUAGUUUUGCACAUAGAAGAAAAACUCUUGCAAAAGAAUGGAAUCUGUUCUGAACUGUACUGCUCAGAGAAGGAAGCCAGCCAGUCUUGCUCCAGUCCUCCUCAGUAACUUCAGCAGCUCACUUUGGUACUAGUGACUUGUUUCUUGCAGCCCGAGGAGGUGGGAAGGGUGGGAAGAUGGGCUUUUGUGGGUGAGAAAAGGCUGAUUAACAUGAUCCCUAUUCUUCUGCAAAAUGAGCAGAGUCUUCCUGUCCCAUCUGAAGCUGUCCAAGAGAUGCACUAUCAAGAGGAAACUGAGCAUAUACAGUUUUUCUUGCUGAUUUGGGUUUUAAUUUUGUUUUUAUUGCUCCUGAGAAAAUGCAUUUAUUGUAAGCCAAGGUUCCUCUGAUUAUCUUAUUUUAAUAAAAUAAAUUAAAUUUUA